AAUAUUUGUUUCUCCGUUUCUUCCUCCUGCCUUCUCUCUUCCCUUCCGCGCGCAACUCACCACGCCUCCCAACCACGACCCAAUUCUUGCCGAUCGCCGGCGAAUUGGGGCUCUCCGUUACCUGGAAACAAAUUCUCUCACUCUUAGGAAAUACGUUAAGAGCAUUAUCUCAAUAUAUUCAACUUAGGAGAGUCCCAACAACAACAUUCGAGUUUUGCAUGCCCGAAUCUGCCCCUAGACCGAGGAGUUCCAUAAACCCAGCUCGCGGUGGGUUUUUCCGACGGAGAUCUGAGUUUUUUCCGACCGGUUUCAGGCCUUUCCGACCUUUUUUGGGUUCGGCGAAGGCUUGAAACAGAUGUUGUAAAUCAGUUUUGGUGGAGGAGUUGUUCCGCAGCCUGAGGAAGAACAGAAGAAUGUUUUUGAAAUAAGAGUGCUGUGUUGGAACCAGCAAUGCAAGGGCGAGAUCUGAUCGAUUGCACUUGAACAAGAGUGCAGUUAGUAGCAGUAGCAUAUAGAUUAUACAUACAACUCCAAGACCAGAAAACAAUGGACACCAUUUUUUCAGUCAUGUUCAUUGCCUUUCAGGUGUCCCUCUCUCUCUUCAAACCCUCACUUUCAGCUGAAGCUAUUACUCAAUCCCAAACCCAAAGAGAUGGCAGAUUUCAAUUGGGUUUUUUCAAGUCUGGUGUUUACAGGAGUCUACUGGCUUCAGCUUCAAGAGACAGCUGUGACAAUUCCAUCCGUUGCGGCCCCAACGGAAUGUGUGACAUUAGCAAUUCAGAAGUUUGCAGCUGCUUAAAAGGAUUCCAACCAAGAGACCCUCAGAAUUGGGACUAUGCAGAUAAUUCGGCAGGUUGCGUGCGUGUUAAGCCGCUGAUGUGCCAAACCAGAGAUGUGUUUUUUAAAUACGGGGGUGUGAAGUUGCCCGAUGCCACAAAUUCUCAGGUGGAACAAAGUAGGAGUGUUGAGGAAUGCAAGGCAAGUUGCUUGAAUAACUGUUCUUGUAUUGCUUAUGCAAGCUCUAGUGUCAAAGGAGGAGGUGUUGACUGCACUGUUUGGUUUGGGGAUCUGAUCAGCCUUAGGCAGCUUACUGACAGCGGGCAGGAUCUAUAUGUCCGAAUGCUUGCUUCUGAAUCAAAAAAUUCAUCUAAGACGAAGAUAAUAGCGAUAGCUGUAUCCACUGUUUCCAUUGUUUUGGGGAUUUUCUUAGCCGUCUACUACACUUACAGAAGGAGGCAAAAGUUCAAAGAGAAACUGGGGAAAGAUGGAAUGAUGGGUCAGAACACUGCAGGACAGAAGGAAGACCUGGAGCUACCAUUGUUUAGCUUGUCCACAUUAAUCACAGCGACUGAUAACUUCUCGUUCAACACGAAGCUUGGAGAAGGUGGUUUUGGAUCUGUGUACAAGGGUAGACUAGAAGAUGGCCAAGAAAUGGCGGUUAAGAGACUGUCACAAAGUUCUGGUCAAGGACAGGCCGAGUUCAAAAAUGAAGUUAUACUGAUAGCCAAACUUCAGCACCGGAAUCUUGUAAAGCUUAUUGGUUGUUGCAUUGAGGGAGAUGAGAAAUUGCUGAUUUAUGAAUACAUGCCAAACAAAAGCUUGGACUUCUACAUUUUUGAUCAAACUCAAGGUAGAAAGUUGGAUUGGUCUCGCCGCUUCCACAUUAUCCGUGGGAUAGCUAGGGGACUUCUCUAUCUGCAUCAAGAUUCCAGACUGAGGAUUAUUCAUAGAGAUCUUAAAGCCAGUAAUGUGCUGCUUGACAAAGAUAUGAACCCAAAAAUCUCAGACUUUGGCAUGGCUAGACUUUUUGGAGGAGAUCAAACUGAAGCAGUUACCAAACGAGUUGUUGGAACCUAUGGCUAUAUGGCACCAGAAUAUGCGAUGGAUGGUCAUUUCUCUAUAAAAUCCGAUGUUUUCAGCUUUGGUAUUUUACUGCUGGAGACACUAAGUGGAAAGAGAAGUAGAGGGUUUUAUGAUCCAAAUCACAAUCUCAACCUAAUUGGACAUGCGUGGCGAUUGUGGAAAGAAGGGCGGUCUUUAGAGCUGAUUGAUGAAUACUUAACAGACUCGUGCAGUCUAUCGGAAGUCUUGCGUUUCAUACAUGUUAGUCUUUUAUGUGUGCAACAUCUUCCAGAAGACCGGCCAACCAUGUCAUCUGUGGUUCUGAUGUUAGGUGGUGAGAGUGCAUUGCCUCCACCCAAAAAGCCAGGUUUCUUUAUAGGAAAAUACUCAUCAUCUGAAGCAGAAUCUUCGAAACUGGGAGACGAGAACUCUGACAACUAUUUACAUUUGUGGCAGAGCUUUGGCUAUCCUUCAGAUACAUAUUUACUAAAGGAACUGAGUGAAGCUUGGCUGCUGGGACUUAAAAGAUUGGUAUUGGGUUUUUAUCAAUUACCCGUUAAGGUUUCAGACACCUGAUCCAACGGAUUACUUUACUACUCGUUAGUCCAACACUAAUAUCAUUCUCAAAUUAAUUACAUGCACGGCCCAAUAGUCAAGAGAUUUUGUAAAAGACGACAACAAAUUAGUAGUGUAAUCAUUUAUGUAAAUAUUGUAUUUUAGUAGGUCAAGUUUCCAACGUGAGAUUUUAUCAUUUCUCCAA